CAUUUUCUUGCUUCUCUUUGGAAUGUAGUCACUUACAUUUGUGUCCUAAAAUGAUAUAAUUUAGGUUUGGCUGACUUUGAACUUACAUGAAUAGAAUCAUAUUAUGUGCUCUCUUGUGUCCAGCAUCUGUCACUCAUUUCACUUAUUUAGCUUGUUACAUUUGUGAGAUUUUAUCUGUGUUAUUGGUAUCCAGUGCCCUUUUUUAAAAAGCCUUUCUAUAUUUGCCUGUCUCCCCUGCCUCGUUUUUUUUUUUUUUUAAACUUAGGGUCCCUGUAACUCUAAAUGCUUUCUGAUAUUUCUACUUUGCCUUCAUAGAUUUCCUGCUAAAUGAGGUCUGAAAACUAAAACUUCUGGAUCCCAGUUUUCUGAACUGACCUGACUGCCCCAAGUUUGAUGACAUUUGUUUAGAUGAGACUACAUCUUUAAGGCUUCUGUGCUCGGUUAAAAAUCUUCCUUUCUCCAAGGCUGGUCCAAGGGUCUGGUCACGUGAUUCCAACGGUGACAUCACAUUCUGACCGCCAGGGAACACUGGUGGUUCUUUAGGUGGCGUUUGUUCCUGUGAAAGGCAGAGAAUGCAGCAAGUGCCCUUCUAAAGCAGUUCAGACAGGGGCUCCUUCUGUAAAAGCUCCUCAACCUAAAUGAGCAAAUGCGGGCUGCCAAGGUUAUUUCUUCCUUGAGGCAGAAAAAAAGAAAGCUGUGAUUGAAGAGGAUAAGUCAUACAAUGGUGGAGGAAUAGGUUCUUCAAAUAGGAUGAUGGACUUCUUGGAGGAGCCAAUCCCUGGUGUGGGGACCUAUGAUGAUUUCAAUACAAUUGAUUGGGUGAGAGAGAAGUCUCGAGACCGGGAUAGGCACCGAGAGAUUACCAAUAAAAGCAAGGAGUCAACAUGGGCCUUAAUUCACAGUGUGAGCGAUGCUUUUUCUGGCUGGUUGUUGAUGCUACUUAUUGGGCUUUUAUCAGGUUCCCUAGCUGGCUUGAUAGACAUCUCUGCUCACUGGAUGACAGACUUAAAAGAAGGUAUAUGCACAGGGGGAAUCUGGUUUAACCAUGAACACUGUUGCUGGAACUCCCAGCAUGUCACCUUUGAAGACAGAGACAAAUGCCCAGAGUGGAAUAGCUGGUCCCAGCUUAUCAUCAGCACGAAUGAGGGAGCCUUUGCUUACAUAGUCAAUUACUUCAUGUAUGUCCUCUGGGCUCUCCUAUUUGCCUUCCUUGCCGUAUCUCUUGUCAAGGUGUUCGCACCGUACGCCUGUGGCUCCGGAAUCCCUGAGAUAAAAACUAUCUUGAGUGGUUUCAUUAUUAGGGGCUAUUUGGGUAAGUGGACCCUGAUUAUCAAAACCAUAACACUGGUGCUGGCAGUGUCAUCUGGCCUGAGCUUGGGCAAAGAGGGCCCCCUAGUGCACGUGGCUUGCUGCUGUGGGAACAUCCUGUGCCACUGCUUCAACAAAUACAGGAAGAAUGAAGCCAAACGCAGAGAGGUCUUGUCAGCUGCAGCUGCAGCCGGUGUAUCUGUAGCCUUUGGGGCACCUAUUGGCGGAGUAUUAUUCAGCCUGGAAGAGGUCAGCUACUACUUUCCCCUCAAAACACUGUGGCGUUCGUUUUUUGCUGCUUUAGUGGCAGCAUUCACUCUGCGCUCCAUCAAUCCGUUUGGGAACAGCCGCCUGGUUCUAUUUUAUGUGGAGUUUCACACCCCAUGGCAUCUCUUUGAGCUCGUGCCCUUCAUUCUGUUGGGCAUAUUUGGUGGUCUGUGGGGAGCUUUGUUUAUCCGCACCAAUAUUGCCUGGUGUCGGAAGCGUAAGACCACCCAGUUGGGCAAGUAUCCUGUCAUAGAGGUACUCGUCAUGACGGCCAUCACUGCCAUCCUGGCUUUCCCCAAUGAGUACACCCGUAUGAGCACAAGUGAGCUCAUUUCUGAGCUGUUCAAUGACUGUGGCCUUCUGGACUCCUCUAAGCUCUGUGAUUAUGAGAACCGUUUCAACACAAGCAAGGCGGGUGAGCUGCCCGACAGACCAGCUGGUGUGGGAGUCUACAGCGCAAUGUGGCAGCUGGCCUUGACACUCAUACUGAAAAUUGUCAUCACUAUAUUCACUUUUGGCAUGAAGAUCCCUUCUGGCCUCUUUAUCCCUAGCAUGGCUGUUGGUGCUAUAGCGGGUCGGCUUUUGGGAGUAGGGAUGGAACAGCUGGCUUAUUACCACCAUGACUGGGCCAUCUUCAAUAGCUGGUGCAGUCAAGGAGCGGAUUGUAUCACCCCUGGCCUUUAUGCGAUGGUUGGGGCUGCAGCCUGCUUGGGCGGGGUGACUCGGAUGACUGUUUCUCUUGUUGUCAUAAUGUUUGAACUAACUGGUGGCUUGGAAUACAUUGUGCCUCUGAUGGCCGCAGCCAUGACAAGCAAGUGGGUGGCAGAUGCUCUUGGGCGGGAGGGCAUCUAUGAUGCCCACAUCCGUCUCAAUGGAUACCCCUUUCUUGAAGCCAAAGAAGAGUUUGCUCACAAGACCCUGGCAAUGGAUGUGAUGAAACCCCGGAGAAAUGAUCCUUUGUUGACUGUCCUUACUCAGGACAGUAUGACCGUGGAAGACGUAGAGACCAUAAUCAGUGAAACCACUUACAGUGGCUUCCCAGUUGUGGUGUCCCGGGAGUCCCAAAGACUUGUGGGUUUUGUCCUCCGAAGAGACCUCAUUAUUUCAAUUGAAAAUGCUCGAAAAAAACAGGAUGGAGUUGUGAGCACUUCUGUCAUUUAUUUCACCGAGCAUUCUCCUCCAGUGCCACCAUACACCCCACCUACCCUCAAGCUUCGGAACAUCCUGGAUCUCAGCCCCUUCACUGUGACUGACCUUACACCCAUGGAGAUCGUGGUAGAUAUCUUCCGCAAGCUGGGACUGCGGCAGUGCCUGGUUACACACAAUGGGCGAUUGCUUGGAAUCAUUACCAAAAAGGAUGUGCUAAAGCAUAUAGCACAGAUGGCGAACCAAGAUCCUGAUUCCAUUCUCUUCAACUAGAAUCACAGGGUUGUACUGGAUAUAAAACAGGAAGGACAUUGCAGACCAUGGAUAUAUUUUAUUAACUGGGUACCCAAAAAACAUUUCCCACAUUUGGAUGGUGAAGUUAUAUUUGUGUGUUGUCUCUUUCCUACAAGUUAACCAGUUGCACUACAUAAUCUCUGGAAAUUAAUCUUCUCUUUAGGAGAAAAUUCAGUUAGGCUUCUGUGAUAUUGCAUUAGGAAGAUUUCAUGAAAGAGUAAACAAGAUUGCUAUGGUUUAAUUCUUUUUCUUUCUUUUUCUAAAGAUUUUUUUAAUUUACAACAUAAGUAUUAGCCAAUAUGCAAUCACUGAAAACUAUGCAAGAAAAAUUCCAACCAUCCUGACCUAUAGCCUGCAGGAAGCUCAUGAAAAAGUCACUUUUUUGGACUCUGUCAUUGGUGGAAGAUGAAGUGUAAACCAGGGACUUUGCUUUUCCAACCACAGAAAGGAAAGCCAGAAGGAAAAUAGGAAUGGUAUUUUCCAGACUGUGAAUUCAGUUCAAAUGUUAUCUUGUUCUUGUUACAAUAUUUAGCAUUAUUAGUUUAUGUGUGUGUAUGUGUAUGUUAAGUUUAAUACCUGAUUAUAAGACAAUGCUGCUUUGGUUAAUCUCCUCUAAAUGAAUGUAGAGAGGUUGACUUUUAUAGCUUGCUUGUUCCUGGUACUCUUUUGAAGUGCACAAAAGAUAAGUUAUAGAAUUUUCUCCUUGUCUGCAAAAAGGGUAAUUUUCCAGAUGGCCUUUGUUAGCUAGUAGACAAGGACUUUGCCACGAAUUUGUUAGUAGCAAGGAAUGAUUUCUCCAUCUUCCGUGAAACGAAUGAUUAGUAAAGUUCUAAGCAAAGUCAAUGACCAGGACUUUCACAUUUUUGUGAGGUCCCAACUCUUACCCAGAUGCCACCUCCAUGAGUGAUGGUGCUUUUGGCUUCUGGAAUAUGUAAGAAUAGUAAAGGGAACCAAGUCUAGACUGCAUACUGGUAAACCAGGGAAGAUCCCGAACUGUAUCUGCGUUCUCAUGCAUUCCUUCAUAACAACCACCAGUACUAAAAUGACUGCGCACUCAUGCGUCCUCCCAGUGUUAAGUACAUAUAUAUAACAGGCCAGUGUUGUCCCCGUGAUCGUGAAUUUAGGCUUGGGGUACUUUCAGGUAUAUUCAAGGCAUUGGAACAGGAUAGGCAGCUGUGACUCUCUUGAGGCUCCUUAGAAUUCUAAAUAAAAUGCAGAACCUUCCUGAGACCCAGGGGUGUGGACAAGGCCUGGUGACACCAAAGGUGCUUGUAUACAAUUGAAAAGGUGCCUGUCUCAAUUUCCUACCACCUUUACUGCAGUAGAAAAUAUCACACUCUAGGGACACCUGGUGGAGUUACAGAGCCACCAUCAUCAUUCCGACUACUGUUUCGUUUUCUACAGUUUUACCCACGUGCUGUUGUUCCCCCUCCAUUCUCCCUUUCCCACGCCUCAGUCCUGAGUACUGUCUUUGGGAUUGAGUAGUGUGCCCGGUUAAUCGUUCCUGUUACAAAAAAAUAACUCCCAGGGCUAGUUAAAUUGUAAACCCAGCCUCUACAAUCUUACAGCCCAUGGACGAGAGGUGACGCACAACCAUUUGCUUUGCUUUAUAGCCCAGUAGCUCCAUUUCCAUGCUGACGCCCACAGCAGUGAGACUCAAAUGCUAGGGGUGGGAGUUGAGCCUUUCCCAUUUUACAAGUCUGUUCCCAGCGCUUCCCACCAUGCUUCUAGCCUAGAAUCAGCAGUCACUCGGCACAGCCUCUCCUCCCACUCCAAGCACCUCAGCGUACCUCAUUUUAAAAGUUGUCUAUCUCUGAUUCUAGGAUUUUUUACCCCUAGUUUCUUAUCUUUCCAAAAUCUGAAAUUCUUUUAUUGCCUAGAACUGGGGAGCCAAGGCUUAUUUUGAUUUUUAUCUUUAAAAUAUCAAGGCAGUCACCAGAGUUUCUCCUUUUAAGUAUAUCACUCUAGCAUUUUAAUGAAAAAGACAAAAACCUCCCUAGGUUAUAUUAUAUUAUAGUCACGACUCAGUAACUUCACGUCUUUUGUCCCUUCUGUACCACUGAUUCCCUCACACGAGAUGAGGCUAUUUGCCUGACCACCGCGUCUGUUGUGCGCAAAUCAAAGUUCUUAUGUGUGUACUUCUGGUUCACUACCUGUCUUUUCUUAUCAGCCGUCCAACUAAAGUUUGCAAAACAGGAAAUGCUAGUAUCUCUGGUAUUUGGUGAUGGUGAAAGGUUUGGUCGCAUUUCAUAGUACAGCAGUGAUGUGGAGAGUGUCUAAGUUUGCCUUUGCGUUUCUUCUAGGCUCUGUUUUUGAUUUGAGACAGAUGAGCCAGUGUUCAGGUGCUACUUCAGAGAAUAAAUUCAAGAAAUCAGAUAACACUGUGCCAAGGUAUACUUUCUAGAUACUAAGCACCGAUUGGCCCUCCAGAGAAUAAUAUCCCUUUGAUACCUCACUCCUGAUAAAUCUCAUUCAUUAACCUCAGCUUCUCAGGAAUCCUUGUAACUCGUAUGCUAGAAGUAGCUGUAGUGUAUGGUAUCCAUUAUAUGUCCAGUCCGAUGGUUUGGCUCCAAGUUUGGCUAAUUGUGGUAGAGCUCUCUGCUAGACUGCUAGCUCAGCACCUUAACCCUCAGAGUUUCUUGUCUUGAGGCAAAGGAAAAUGUUCUUUCUGCCAUUGCCAAUUCAGCAGUUGGACAUACUUAAACCAACAAAGCUGAUAUAGGGGGGUCUGUCAGUAGUCUCAAAUGGCCACAUACCUCAGUGGCAAAAGACUGGAUAAUCUGUGAUUUAAAAAUUAGUAUGAGCCGAGACCAGUCGAUUCUGGUAAUAAGAAAGAAGGUUUCCCGACACACGGAAAGGAUUUACAAAAGAAUGCCAAUAAGUGCUUCGAGAGAGUUAGGGCUUUCCAAGGCAAAAUAUCUGGUAGGCAUCCAGGCCACGAAAGGAAUGAGAGUCUAUGGAUUUGUAAAAGUCUAACUGCUAUAUUUUGUAUCUUCAGAUCUGUGAUGUAAAGAAUUAAAGAAGCCAAAAUAGUUAAGGCAUGAUUAGUUACGCCACUGGCAGAAGCAGGGGACUGAACAAGCAAAAUAAUGGCCACUUUUAAGAUCACUUCUAUUUGGAUGUACGUUCAGACACUCCCCCUCUUUUCUGGCUCUGGUGUCCUUCAGGCUCAGCCCAGCUGUGGAGUAGAGGUGGUAUAAUCCACAGAGCAGAUAUCCUCUGGUGGAUAAUCUGACAUUGAUGGUACUUUGGAUUUGCCAGCUGGCAGAGCAGUCGAUUAAUUUGCUGAUGGAACUGCAAAGCAGUUCCGUUCUUUUGGCACCAGAGGCUGAAUCUGAACCCUUUACAGGAAGAGCAGAGAAGAAGCAUAAAUGUCUCUAGCAAGUCUUCAGUUGUGCUUGAACACAAGAAUGAUAAAGUAAUGGGGACUUUGUGUGGUCUAAGGCUGUGAAGUAAUUCUUAACUAUGAACUUAUGAACCCAUUCAGGUGUCAGGGGAGCAAAUGUGUUUUUUAAAACAGCGUGCAAGAGAGUCGAUCAGGGAAUGUAAUCACUGCUGUAUGUUUUAAGUAUUUGGAUCACCUGUCCCGGUUGGAUCCUGACCUUGAUUUGUUUAGUUAGGUGAUGAGUAGGAAGGUGUACUUGUUACCCCACAGUAUCUUUUGGUUUUGUUUUUUAAUAAAUCACAAGGAGUGCAGUUUUUGAAGUUGAGUUUUUAAUAAAUGAUAGUGAAGACAGUUGAAAAUUUGACAUGACCAGUGUGUUUUAUAUUGCCAGAGUACUUACUGAUGACUGACCACAUUGUAUUGUGAGGAAUCGGUUUACUUUCACUGGAUCAGAGCCAAACGCAGGCCACUCAUCUGUUCAGAGAAAGCAGGAGAGCAUCUUUCAUGGUGGUGCAUAGAGUAUUGAGCUCUUAAAAACUCUGAGAAAAAAUGAGGAGUUCAGAAAGUAAAGGGGAGGUGAAAUAUUGAGUCCUUAAAAAAAAGGUGUCUAAAUAUGUGGUCUGAACUUCAGUGUCCGACGACCUUGAUUUUUUUUUAACCACCUCUGGGAUAACCUGGAUUCCCUUUGGAGAGAGAAUGGAAAGUUAUGGCAGUGGAAAAAGCCUAGUAAGCAAGUAUACGAAUUCUUGUAAGAUGGUGGGAGGAAGGCCAUUCCAUGCCCCAAGCCAAACACCCCGACAUUUAUAAACUGCUUGAUCAUGUGCCUCAAGGAGAGAAAAAAUUAGUAGUCUCCCAAAGACCAGGCUUUCCAAGCAACCAAGAGGCUCAAAGCAGCAUUUGGUGGAGGCAGUCUACUUUUGUGGAGAGGGCUGACCCAAGACCAGACCCUCUUGCGGAGGAGGGCAGCAUCUACUGCCAUUGCCUGAGUGAUAAGCUUUAGGUAGCUUAUCUUGAAUUCUGAUAGCAAAAUAUUUUAAAAAUCUAUAUUGUUAGCCUCCCUGGUAUGUACUUAUUGUAGAUUAAAAAGAAAAAGGUGAGGCUUUCUCAGAGCUCAGGGAGCUGUGUAAAUUUGACCUGUGGUAACCACUGAGCUGUGCUCAGCCUCGAUUUUUGUUGCUUGCCCCAAGGGGAAGAGUUCCUGGACUAGUAGGUGUUAGCAACUUCAAGUUACUCCCUAAAUGUUUGCUGGUCACAGUCUCAUUUCUAAACAUCUGCAUCUUGGCAAAGUUUUGAAGUGAUGUAGGGAGCAAAAUCGGGUUUUCCACCUCGUAGUCUGAUUUUGCCAAAUCACCCAAGAAAGAAAGAAGGUCUAUGAUGUGCGGAGUUUGCGUUUCUUGGAUGGGACCUAUCAGGUCAUCCAGCCCAAUCCCGCAGUCUUAAAUUCCUACCUCUAAGUUCCUGCCAAAGGGUCUUCAGCCUCUGGGUGCACACUCAUUGAAUGAAUGCCUUGCCUAAAGUUUGGCCUUUUAAGGGGAAGAAAGUGUGUGAUGGUAUAAAAAUAUGAGGGUUUAAAUAAAUGAUCUCUGCCUCUCCUCCUCUUUCCUCCCCACCCCUGUCUCUCCUCACCCCAAUACCCUGAAUUCAAAAAAUUUUCUCAGUUACUCCAAGUGUAUUGUUUUGAAUGUGGACCUUGGGGAGGGAGAGGAUCAUUCUGAGAGUAGAGAAUGGAAGAUACUUCUGAGCUGAUGGGACCAGUGGGGCUUUGCUCCACUGUAGGGGCUAAAGCCAAUGGUAUCUGUUGGCAGUGUCCAGGGCUUUAGCAUCUUAAUGCAGACAUGUGAAGUAUUCAUUGCUAAACCUUGUUAUCAUCUACUAGUCCAAACCUGUUGAAAGCCAGAGGCGGUCUAGGGUUUGAUGAGUGAAAUGCCACCUGGCAGAAUGGAGAUAAGGGAAUGGCCCGAGAUGGUUUUGUCAGGGUAGGAAUGUUUAGCCUCAUUAUCUUAUUGAGUGUACCUCAAGUAUAUGGUCCUUCAAGAGUGUUCCUUUUCCCUCCUCCAUUUCACUUUAUCCCUUCUCUCUCUUUCCCAUUGUCCCGCCUUUUUAGCACUCAGAUUUUAAUAAAUAUUUACUUUUUAUUAUAUAUUUGGUCCCUUGGGACUAUGUAAUGAUUAAGAAUUAAUUUCAUUCUAGGUAAAAAAAUGAUGUGUUUAAUGUUUUGUUCUUUUAAACUGUCUUUUGAAGCUAUGCUGCUAACCAGGUACAGGCCAGAAAGGAGUUGGGCUUGACGGACAGCACCCUGGUCAUGUCACCUAAGGAUGCCAUUGAUGUAAUGAUGGUGACUCUUCUUCAUUUGACCAAGGCCAGCCUCCUGCUCUUACCUCUGUCCAUUCAUUUCUGCCUGUGGGAAAAAUACCACCUGUCAGGUGAGCCAGUGAGGCCAGGAGGAUCAGAGGGGCCGGUUCCAGCCCAUGGACCACUAUAUGAAUGUCUCUGUAAUAAGCUCAUUUGUAGGGCCGGCUCCAACUGCAGUAGCCAAAGAAAACCUGUCUGACUCGACAUUUUAGUUCCUGAGAGUUGGUAAAAGUUCAACCGAAGCUAAGGUAUAGACAUUAGCAGUAGCUAGGCGUCCAGAAACUAGAGUCAACUAAAGCUAAUAGAGUUUCCACAGGAAACUUGGUGCUGAGCUGUUCAGAGCAAUUAUUUAUCUGAGUGUUGCCAACCCUUUAGUCACGCUUUCUUAGCUUUAUUCUAACUUUUAGAGACAUUGGUCCCUGUUCAUAGGCACAGCCUGUACCAAAGCUGUGGCUCACUGCACAGUUCGUUCUGCUCCCUGGUCAAGCAUAGGAACAUAGUCUAAAAAGGAAGAUGUGGGCUGGGGAGUUAGGAGACCUGGUUUCUAUUCCCUGUGCUUCUACUAACUAGCCUCGAGAUCUUAACCGCUCUGUGCCUCAGUGUUCCCAUCUGCAAAAUGGGGAUAGUGUUAAUUGCCCUACCUACCUCACAGGGUUGUUGUGAGGAUAAACUGAGACAAUGAAAGGAAAGUACUUUGACAAGUAAGUGCUAUGCAAAUUGUAAGAAAAGGAAACAAUCACGUUAAAGGCAAUGGAAUGGACUUUGGCAGAAAGGUUAAUGGGAUUGUCCAGCCCUUUCUCUGUGUGGCUUAAACCCAGGUCGCCAUUGCUUUAUACAUUUUUCACUUAGCACAGAUUUGUAAUUAUGCAUGUAAUAAAGCACAGCCUU